UCAAAACGACGAAGAUUUAAUAAACCACAUGCCAAUACUGGAUAAACGUUGUUUUAAAUGUUUCGGAAGAAUUUUUUUCAUUAAAAAUUUGCCACCUAGGCUCGCCUGGGGCUUAUACUUCUUUCCAUUUAGGAGAACCCUUUGUUUUUGUUACGUUUUUUAUUCGUAGUUGUAAGAUAAAGUAGUCAAGAAUGUUUCUAGAUAACAUGAUAAAUAGUUUGGUUUUGGUGCCUUUAAUCUAUUAAUAGUUGACUCCAUAUUGAGACUUUUUGUCUUGCCAUAUUAAAUACCUGGUUUGGUCUGUAUGACUGACUCGAUGAAUUUUGGUCCUGAUUGGAUUCGUAACCUUUCUUCGGACGGAAAUACUGGAGGAGGAACCAGUGGUGGCACGAGAUACCAGUUAGCCGACUAUCGCUAUGGAAGAGAGGAGAUGUUGGCAUUAUUUGAUCGAAACAUAAAACCCCCAGCAUGUUUAACUAAUUUUAAAAGUCUUUAUUCAGAAACAACUCUAUCACCUUUAGCUCUGUUACCAACAACUGAUGAAGAAAGAGGCGGGUGGCAGCCGAGACCGACAAAUCUAGGCGGCGUGCCUCGGGGGAGGGGGGGUUCCCUAGAGAGAGGCGCGCGCGGAGGCAGGGGUCGUGGGACCUACCAGUCUUACACCAGACCGGCUAACUAUGACGGCUGGGGAAACGGUGAGCCCUCCGACUGGAGCCCUAGGAAAGAGUAUAGCGCGCGGGCAACCUCGAUGGACAAUUGGAGGAGGGCGAGGAAUAAUGAGGAGGACGAGAGGUGGCGGCCAACGGGAGGCAGAGGAGGGCACGACAAGUGGGGUCGUUCUACGAGUUGGAGGGGCGAGGCGGAAGGCGAGGAGAGGUCGGGCCCGCCCGAAAGAGGUGGCCGCCAGAACUGGAGCGAGAGCGGCCGGGGUGCGCCGCCCUCGUCCCGCAAGUCCUGGGACAACGAGGACCACCUGCCGGAGUGGGCCAACGAGAACCCGUUGGAGAGCGGUGGCUCCUUCGACGACCGGGGGGCGUUCCACGGCUCGGACGACGAACAGUUGGAGGGCAAGGGUAGUUCGAAAAAGGAAGGCCUGCAGAAAUCCACGUCUCAACAACAUAUAUCCCAGAAAAACCAUCCACCGUUGUUUUCGUCUAAGUCUACAAUAUCACUAGUACAGGAACCGGACGUCAAUAAACAUAAUAUAGAGGAAUCAAUAUUAUCUUCAAAGAAUUCAGAAGUGCCAUCCGACAGUAGCUCCCCAGACGAGGAUCACCAUCCACCACUACUUUUAAAUACAACAGACAAAAUUCUAAAAGAACCCCCUGGUAACACCAACAGAAUCAGAGCGAAAUCGGAGGGACCGCCGUUCAAACACAUAGAAGAUCAGCAGCAUACAGUCCCACGUACCACAGAAAAUAAAGUGGAGGAUACCGAAUUUGAAAAGCUACACGAAGAUUUUGUGUUGAAGCUGGUCGGUGUGGAAGAAGAAUCGGGCCCAGUGAAACAGAGUCAGUCACAUACAGGUUUCGAAGCGGCGAAUUUGCCACCUCCUCCGAAUUUAGCAGUGCCGGGACAAGAUAAAUGGUUCUAUCAGGAUCCUCAAGGUCAAAUGCAAGGGCCGUUUACAAAUAUGGAAAUGUUAGAAUGGUUCAAAGCAGGAUAUUUUGGACUGGAUUUAAAAGUCCGAAGGCAAUGUGAUGAGAGGUUCUUGUUAUUGGGAGAACUAAUAGCCUUAUGCGGAAGCUCCAAUCCAUUUCAAAUCAAUUCAAGGUUUCCUGUAUUAAAACAUGACAUAUCAAAGAUGCCGCUUCAGUACCAGUUUUUGUCCCAGUUGGCCACUUAUAAACAAGCGCCCAGUCGUGUAGUACCGGAUCCAUGGAGCGCGAUCAGCAUGCAACAGCAUGAGCUUGCUGCUCAAAGACUGAUUAUGCAACAGCAGCAAGCUCAACAAGACAUGCAGUAUUUACAACAAACGCCUGCUGCCAAUCCUCUUAUGCACAUGAUAAACCAGAUGCAGCAGGCCAAUAAAUUACCUCCCGCGGGAUUGUUGGAUAAGCAGUCCCCCAAUAUGCCCGGUGCCAUAGAUCCCCACGUUCACAUGCAGAUGACGAACUUUUUGUCGCUGCAAAACAGGCUGCCCGUGGUGAUGCCCAACCAAAUGCCUUCGGGAUUGCCCGGGCCCGUUCCUGGACCACCAAUACCGCCUGAAAGUAUAGCCGGAAGUUUGCCAGGACUUCAGGGACCAGCCAUGGGUACACCUGGUAUGCCCAUUCCAGGGAUACCAGCUGGUUUGGCUGGUAAUUUAGGUUUAAAUGUGCCCAGGGCAGGUUCAGUGGACCGUAGUGCUGGACAAGAUAGCGAUCCUAUAACUAGUUUGUUAAAACAACUACAACAAAAACAAACACAAGCUGAAUCACUAUGGUCACAGAAACCUUUUGUCCCAAAUAAUGUAGUCCCACCACCACAUCAAUGGCCAGCCCCCGGCCAUGAACAGCCUUUAUCCAUGUGGGAUAUGCAACAGCCUUCUCCAGAACCCACGCAAUCGUCACAACAGCCAGAACAGAAUCCACCAGAAUCAUCACCAAAGAAGCAAUCUGAUCCCAGUCACAAUGCAGAAAAAGAAAAGUCGAAAAAAGCAGACAAAAACAAGGAAACGAAACACAAAGAUGAGGAAAAGGAACAGAAGAAAAAGAAGAAGGCCGAAGAAGAACAACUGAAAAAGGAAGCCGAUGAAAAGAGGAAGCAGGAACAGAGAAGAUUAGAAGCUGAAAAGAAAGCAGAAGCAGAAAAGAAAAGAAAGGAAGAAGAACGAAUUAAGAGAGAAUUAGAAAAAGCGAAGAAGGAUGCAGAAGAAAAGAGACAGAGAGAAUUAGAGGAAAAACGAAAACUUAAAGAACAGAGAAAACUGGAAGAGGAAGCCAGGAAAAAAAUGGAGGAAAUGAGAAGGAUCGAGGAGGAGCGGAUUCAAAAGGAAAUGGAACAGAGAGAAAGAGAAGAGCGGCAGAAGGCGGAAGAACGAAGACUGGAACAGUUGUCUCUGGCAAAAAGCGCUCCCUGGUCGCAGUCUAAUUCCAGUCUAGGCCUCAGCCUGGCUGAAAUACAGAAAGCCGAAAAGGAGAAGAAGGCUCAAGAAGUGGCUUCGCAAGCUAAACGGGCCCAGUUGGAAAAAGAAAUGAAAAUUCAUCAGCAGCAACAACUGGAAAAGGCUGGCAAUCUACAAUUAGGUUGGGCCAAGAAGCCGCUUGAACCUAGAAAAGUCAAGUCGUUGGCCGAAAUUCAAGCGGAAGAACAAGAAAGAUUGGCAAAGGAGGCAACGGAGGCCCGUUUGAAGAAGGAAAAAGAGGCCCGAGAAAAUAGUCAUCAGGUGCCUACCGCGAACAGUAUUUGGAGCGGGCAAAGCCUGACCUGGGCCAGCGCCUCCUCCGCCCACACCCACUGGUCUUCCACCUCCAACAUCAGCGGCUUCUGGGAGGAGCCGCCGCAGAAACAGCCCCAGCCCACCAAACCGUCCACAGUCGCCAAGAGCAGUUCUAUGUCGACAAUUAACAAUUCUUCCAAACAGGCAGCUGCACCCAAACAACAAAAAGCUAAAACGAAAAGAGAAGAGACUGGUUCGAAAAAGAACAACCACAACAAUAAUAUAGACGAUGAAUUUACAAAUUGGUGUUACAAAGCUUUAGAAAAUCUAUCGUCAAACAUCGAUGUGCCGACCUUUGUGAACUUUUUACGAGACAUCGAGUCGGCGUUCGAGGUGCGCGAAUACUGCAAAGAGUACCUGGGCGAGAAUAACUCAACGUACCAGUUUGCCAACAGCUUUCUAGAGAAACGACGUUCCUUCAAAUCGAGAGAGUCCCAAAAGGACGACAUGUGUUCCCCCGCACCGGCCAUCACACCAGCACACCACAACACGGAAUUCCAAGAAGUUAAAGGUAAAAAUAAGAAAAGCAAAAAAUCAAAAAUGCUGAAAGUAGAUUCGAGAAUAUUAGGCUUUAACGUGACAUCGGCCCCCGACAGGAUUAACGUGGGUGAUCGAGAUUACGGUGAUAAUUCUUAAAAAACAAUAGCGAACACUUACUGUGUGUGAAAGACAGACAGAGUGAAAUGAUAAGAUAUUUGUUAAUAAUUGUACCUUUAAUAUUCUAUAUUAUAUAUAAUGAUUUAUAAAAACGUUUUCUAGUUUAACGAAUGCUUAUUUAUGUGAAAUAAAUUUUUGUUUUAAAUAAUUUUACUGUUUAAAUAUUAGUUUUACAUAAAAUGAAUGAAAAAAA